AUGUCCAACUCUGCUCUGGACUCUUCCCUGGAAAAGUCUCGCAAGCCGAAGAACUUGCACAUUGCCCACCGCCGCUCGCCGAGUGAAUUGACCACACUCAUGGUGGAGCAAUACAAUCUCCAGCGCCAGUUGGAGGCGGUCCAGCAGCAACAGAAAGCGUUGUUACAACAGCAACAACCGACUUCGCAUCUAUCACAGCCGCUCGAGCCAUACCGGAGCCACUCGCGCACAUCUUCCAGCAAUCAAAACAAACUCCCGUCCUCGCUGGCCAACCUGCACCAGACACACGCUCGAAGACACUCUUUGGGGCUCUCGGAGGCCAAGAAAGCCGCAGCAACGCAAAAACAAUCGAAUAUGGCUUCGCUCGGAGGCGGCCCCUCGCAAAACGAACUGACUCCAGUCAGCCCUCAGCUAGCUGUUCCAGGUGAUGUUGGCGGGUAUAGGUUCCCAAAUUCUCCUGAUAUGAAUGCCCGCGACACACCAUCGGGUUCGUACGGCGCAACUUCGAAUGCGAAAGCGUGGACCCCGGGCCACCAGUCCUUCAAGUUUCCUGUCGAGGCCCCCAACAACUUGCUUCCUCCGGCACCCACCUUUGGGCAGGUGUCUCCUGAGCGGAACCACCAACGACGUGGCUCUCAUUACCGAUCAAACUCCCGUAACUUCGACAAUUCUGGCAGCAUUGUCUCCAAUUGGCGGUCGCAACAGCUGCCCAUCGGUGGCACUUCUGGACACCAAAGAAAUCAGUCGAACAACAACUUGAGCCCACCAUCUGCAUUUGUCCCUGGUCACAAAAACAGAAGUAGUUCGCUCGGCGGCGGCAACUCCUCGGUGUCCUCGAUGUCGAAUUUCAUGCCACAGGGUAACAAUAACGGAAACGGCCGAAAGUCUUUAUUUGCUCCGUACUUGCCUCAAUCCUCUCUUCCGGAUCUCAUCAAUGAAGGCCGCUUGGUGACGGGAACAUUACGUGUAAACAAAAAAAACCGCUCCGAUGCCUAUGUGUCUACUGAUGGACUUUUGGAUGCCGAUAUAUUCAUUUGCGGGUCUAAGGAUCGCAACAGAGCGUUAGAAGGUGAUAUUGUGGCCGUCGAGCUUCUUGUUGUUGAUGAAGUAUGGGAAUCGAAAAAGGAGAAGGAGGAGAAAAAGAGAAGAAAGGACAAUAUCUCCACCAAAUCAAACGUUGCAUCAGUCCUCAGUGACGACAUUCACAAUGAUGCCACCUCUGCGAUGGUCCCCGAAACUGAGAAGAGCGAGUCUGAGUCUGAAGGCUUGGGCAGAAGAGGCUCAUUAAAGCAAAGACCCACUAUGAAAAAGAACGACGACGUCGAAGUGGAGGGACAAUCCCUUCUUCUUGUCGAAGAGGAAGAAAUCAAUGAUGAUGUCAAACCUUUAUACGCAGGCCACGUCGUUGCUGUGGUUGAUCGUAUACCGGGACAAAUUUUCGCUGGUACUUUAGGGUUGUUGAGACCUGCUCAAGCCGCACAAGCUGCAAAUGAUAAAAGAUCAGGCAAGGAGUCAUCUGUGCAAACGCCAAAGGCUCCGAAGAUCGUCUGGUUUAAACCAACUGACAAACGUGUACCCUUGAUUGCGAUCCCAACUGAACAAGCCCCGAGAGAUUUCGUAGAAAAUCAUGAAAAUUAUGCUGAUCAACUUUUCAUUGCAUCUAUCAAAAGAUGGCCAAUCACUUCCUUGCAUCCAUUUGGGACUUUAGUGUCACGAUUGGGUAGGAUCGAUGAUCCGGCUGUUGAAGUCGACUCUAUUCUUCGAGACAACAAUUUUUUGGCGGAUGAGUACCCUUCGGAAAAUAGCCGAGAUGACGGGUAUUCCUCUUCCUUUCACGACUCUCUCCCGAAUGUCGAGCAAGAGAUUAAAGUGAACAAGAGAAUGGAGUAUAUCUCUGAAUACAUCAUCUCGUUCACACAAAACAAUCAGUUUGUGGAUCAUGCGAUGCAUGUUAAACGUUUAAACGAGACAAAGAUUGAAUUGGGCUUCCACUGCGUGGACAUCUCCUUUUUCGUGCAGCCAGGUAGCACGUUGGAAAGAAAAGCGAAGAAGCGCUCAUUGUCUGUGUUUCUACCACAGAAGGUCUCACAUUUGUAUCCACUGCAGUUGAACAAAGCUAUUUCCUUCAAGGAGAACGAAAAAAAUCUUGCUGUGUCAGUUGUGUUUGAGAUUUAUGCCGCAAACUUCGAGGUAGCGCUGGUCAGUAUUCACGAAUCUGUGAUCCUUCCCAAAUCUUUAGUCACUUAUGAUGCAGCCGAUUCGGUCCUACUGAAUCAACCGGUGGAUGGCAUCUCUUCGGCAACCUCUGACUAUAUUAAGACAUUUGCAUUGAUUGCCAAAGAGUUUCGUCGUAAAAGAUUGCAGGACAAGUCAAUUGGCGUGUCUCCAAGUUUGAGCUUGUUAGAUCAACUAGACGAUGAGAAGGUAAGAUUGCAUAUGAAUAUUUUUGAACCCAGCAAUGCUCUUCUGGUCAUCUCAGAGAUAGGUUACAAGGUGAACAACAAAAUUGCCUCCACCAUUUACAAUGAACUAGGUGAAUCAACUCUCUUGCGACGUCAUGCAUUGCCCACAUUACAAAAGUUGGAAGCUUUUGUCAGAAAAGCAGGUAAUUUGGGUGCUGACAUAGACAUCACUUCAUCUGUGUCUUUGCAAAAAUCGAUUCUUCGUUUAGAAGAUCCUCUUAAAAGGCAAUGUGUGGAAACGCUCUUGUUCAAGUGUAUGCCAACUCCAAAAUACUUCAUUGCAAAGCAUCAAGAGAGAGAGCAAUAUGAACAUUUUUACUUAAACAUGCCUCUUUACACGCAUUUCACUGCUCCAUUAAGGCGGUUUGCAGAUCUCGUUGUUCAUAGGCAGUUGAAAUCGGUGAUUUCAAAUUAUCCGCGCGACAAUCUUCCUGAUUUUGAGUCUUUGAAGUCCAUAACUGAUUAUUGCAACUUCAAAAAAGACUGUGGGUCAAAUGCUCAGGAACAAGCUAUACAUUUGUUGUUGUCUCGUACAAUCAAUGAAAUGAGCGAGAACACAGGCCACUUGCUUGUCAUGGGAACAGUUGUUCAGGUUUACGAGUCGUCUUUCGAUGUCAUAAUUCCUGAGUUUGGAAUCGAAAAGAGGGUCCAUGGAGAUCAAUUGCCAUUGAUCAAAGCCGAGUUCGACAAGAGUAAGAGAAUUCUUGAAUUGUAUUGGGAGAAUGGAGUCGAUUCUGCUACUUACAUUCCACCUGAUGAAAAAUCGAGCUUGAGCUACAGGAGGUCUGUGAAAAACAAAUACCGAACUUCUGCUUUGGAAGCUGCCAAAAUUCAAAAAGGAACCUUGUCUGAGAGAAACACGAUUGCAUCAGAAAGUGUGCUAAAGAAAUUAGCGAGCUUGGAUAUCAAUGCACCACUGUUCUCGAUGUUGUCUCGCCAAGUGAGCGGUACCACUAGCGAUGAUGUGUUGAGACCGUACUUGAAAGGAUGCAUAACCAGAGUGGAAGACAACAACUACAUCCAAGAGGUGAAAGAAUUGAGACAAAUACCCAUUGUUUUGAGAGCGGAGAUCGGCAUGUCCUUGCCCUGUUUGACUGUGAAAGCACUUAACCCAUUCGCGUAG